UUCUGAAACGGCUCUGCCUCACUCUCACAAAACAACACGGGACCAAAUAAGUUAGCAAAGUGUGCCGCGGACACUUUGCGCCAGAGUUUAUCUGUUUUUUAAAAAGGAAAAACGCCUUUAAACAAACGUUUUCAGCCUGUGAUAAAGUGAACCGGAGAGAGAAAGGACGCUGAGGUGGGCCGCCUGAUCCACGGAGAGGGAUUUAUUUUCCUUCUGCAUUCCUGAUGGAGUCGUACAGAGUGACUGGCAUUCCUAACAGCGGACCACAGCGGGGAUACACUCAGCUGUCCCGCCCCACCAGGCCCCAUAGUAAUGGUGCCGGCUCAUAUGGUCUCAGCAUCCGAGUCCAGGGUAUAGAUGGACACCCCUAUGUUGUUCUCAACAACCAGGACAGAGGUCCUCAAUCUUACAUCGACCCUAGCAGCAAUGGGUACAUCGACACAGAAGGCUCUUUUAUUGAGAACUACCAGGAGUAUGAUUUCAGAGGAGGCAAAGAGGCUGGAUCCAACAGCCCCUUCAUGGAGUACAGGUCUCAAAAGAUGAUGCACCACACUGUUCCUCAAAAUGGUGUCACAGAAUCACAAGGAAAGAAACCAUCCAACCUUCUGAACUUUCAGAAGCACCCUGAGAUUCUGCAGCCCUAUGAUCCAGAGUCCAACUCCCUCAACCUCGAAGGUUUCCGCAGCCUGCCUUCCAGGACUCCACCUGUGUCUGAGCCUGGGAACCACAGUUCCUCUUCCAGAUCUGCUUUAUCUGCACCAUCCCACACCAGGUCAUCAAGCCUGGACCGGAAAAAAGAUGCGGCGCAGCAAGAGAAAAGGCAACAUCCAUCCCAGAGCCUGAGUGAGAAAGUCCUUCCUAAGCCAAGACCUCAGUCUUUGCCUCCAUCCCAGCUAGCUCAGCCUCAAACCAGGCCGCAGUCACAGCUGGCUCAGCCACAGUCCAAACCUUAUCUUACCAACCUGAAUCCACCUCAGUCAAAGCUGAGCUCUAAAACUCAGCAUCAACCAGUGGCUCCCUCCCAGCCUCCACCGUCCACUGUGUCCAGUCCCACAAGUGAGCAGAGUAAGACACCCUGCAGAUCCCCCAGUUCUAUGAGCAGUGCCAACUCCAGCCUUGAGCGCAGCCGUCGAGAGCCUGAUGUCCUUCCCCUACGCAGGACUGACUCCAGUGGACCAGUUCUUGAAUCCUCGUCACGCUCCCGUCACUCCUCCUCACCUUCCACUUGUAAACCUCUGCUGGAUGAACAGAUGGAGGCCCUGUAUGCAGACACCAUAAAUCGCCAUGAGAACCGCCGCUACAUCCCUUUCCUCCCCGGUUCUGGCAGAGACAUUGACACAGGCUCCAUUCCUGGUGUUGAUGAACUCAUUGAGAAGUUUGACGGCAAAGAUGGCAGUCAUCAGCGCAGGGGCAGGGCAGGGCGCAGAAACAGGAUCAAUCCAGAGGACAGGAAGCGCUCACGCAGCGUGGAUAGUGCCCUCGGCCUGCGAGGUGACCCUGACCACGUUGAGUUUAGCUGUCAGAGAGGCACAUCAAUGGAGCACGUCCUGCGGCCUUCACAGCUACGGCUGCAGAAAACAGCCAGCAGUAAGGACUCCUGGCUCAUGGCUGUAGAUGGUAAGGCUGAUUCAAGGGCUUCAUCUCGGGCCACUAGUGCACCUGGGUCCCCUCAGAACACCAUCUCUAAAGGCGUAGGCUCCAUACAGGGUUACAAAAAGCCACAGACUCGCAUCUCUUCACUACCAUUUAAGAGUAGAGAGAGUGAGGAAAGUGCCUCUUCAGCUGGAAGAGUUUCCGCAACAUCACUGUCAGCAUCGCUAUCAAAGCCUGCUUCCACCACAGAUAAAAAAGCUGGUACAGAAGCAGAUGUUCAGGUGACACCCGAUCUCCUGAAAGGUCAGCAGGAGCUUUCACAACAAACACAUGAAGAGACAGCAAAACAAAUUUUGUUCAAUUACCUUAAGGAUGGCAGCAAUGAUAAUGAUGAGACGACAAAGAGAAAGGUCAACCUUGUCUUCGAGAAAAUACAGACACUGAAGUCUCGGGCCACAGCGAGUGCACAAGGCGACAACAAAUCCUUGGACUUUGCCGCACAGACCAAAGCUCUGCAGGAGCAAAACACUGAACUUGAGAAAGAAAUGGCCGCACUGAAGAAAGAACUGGAGGAACAAACCACGAAGAACCAAGCUGACAAAGAGACAGCAGCAGGUCUAAAAGACCUGCAGCAGGAGCUACAGCGAAGCAUGGAGGAAUGCAAGCGUCUGAGGGAAAAACUAGCCAAAGCAGAGGCCGACCUCCAGACCACAGUGGAAGAGCUUUUCCAGGUGAAGAUGGAGAGGGAGCAGUACCAGACAGAGAUCAGAGACCUGCAGGAUCAGCUGUCAGAGAUGCACGACGAGCUCGACUCAGCCAAGAAGACAACUGCUGAUGGAGAGAAAGACAUGAUUUUGGCGGACAUGAUGCAGCUGAAGGUGGAGAUGCAAGAAGUUCUCCUGGCCAAGGAGGAGCAGGAGGAGGUGCUGAGGAGGCGAGAAAGGGAGCUAACAGCUCUGAAAGGAGCGUUGAAGGAGGAAGUGGCUGCUCAUGAUCAGGAGGUGGACAAGAUGAAGGAGCAGUAUGAGAAGGAGAUCAGCCGGCUGCAGACAUCUUUAGAGGAGACGAAGCAGAGUGGUGCAGCAGUGGUCCGAGAGAAGGCUGAAGUGGAGGCAGCCAAGGGAGCAGCGGAGGGCCAAGCAGGACGGCUGACUAAAGAAGCCGAGCGACUGCGCAGGAGGACGCAGGAGCUGGAAAAUGAAGUGGCCAAACUCAACCGAAUCAUCGAUGAGGCCAAGCUACAGGAGAGCAGACUGGGAGAUAAAGCUGGCCGACUUGAGAGAGAGAAAAAGCAGCUCGAAGAGUCUUUGGCUGAAAUUAAAGAGCAAGAAGAGGAGAUGUCACGGGCCAACCGAGCGCUGACCAUCCGGCUGGAGGAUGUGCAGAGGAACUUGACCAAACUGAGCAGCGACCACAAGGAGUUGGAGGAGAGGUUACAGGAGGAGAAGACUCAGAAGGAGCAGUUCAAGAACAUGAAGAAUGACAUAGAGGAUGAGAGGAGGCUGCUGGACCGUACAGUGGAGAAACUUCAGAAGGAGAUGAAUGAUAUUGUGGAUGCGUCGCAGUCGUCUACUCUGGAGCUCCAACAGCAGAUUGAUAUUUAUAAGGAGAAGAACCGUCGGGAGCUGACGGAGCUGCAGAGGCUCCUGAAGGAGCGAGGGCAGGAGCUGGAGAAGUACCUGCUGACUACCAAAACCCUGCAAGAAGAGUUGUCACACCGGGAGGAGGACCUGCAUCAGUGUCAGAGGGAACGAGACGAGGCAGUGCUCAGGGAACAGACGCUGGAGAAAAAGGUCCAUGAUCUGGAAGUGGAGGCUGAGACAAACUCCCGCACUAAAGAGGACAAAUCCCGUCACAUCAGGCUCAUGGAGGACAGGAUUGCUCAGCUGGAGUUAAAUCUCAAUGAGGAGCGUCAGAGUGGAGACCAGCUGAUGGACAGGAUAGACCGAGGACGAGAGCAGGUGGAGCAGAUGAGAAAUGAACUCCUGCAGGAGAGGGCUAGCAGACAGGACCUGGAGUGUGACAAGAUGGCUCUGGAGAGACAGACUAAAGAUCUGAAGACCAGAGUAGCUCAUCUAGAAGGUUCCCAGAAGUCCAACAAAGAGGGCCUGGUAUCUCAGCUGGAAAAUCGCAUACAGGAGCUGGAGGAGAGGCUGGAGGGGGAGGAAAGGGAGCGGGCCAACCUGCAGCUGGCAAACCGCAGGCUGGAGAGAAAGGUUAAAGAGAUGAUGAUGCAAGUUGAAGAAGAACAUCACUCAAUGCAAGAUCAAAAGGACCAAUUGAAUCUGCGUCUGAAAGCCUUGAAGAGGCAGAUGGAUGAGGCAGAAGAGGAGAUCGACCGACUGGAGCACGGCAAGAAGAAGCUGCAGAGAGACCUGGAUGAGCAACAGGAGGCCAACGAGCAGCUCCAGAGUCAGCUCAAAGCUCUGCGAAGUGAGAUGAGGCGUAAGAGCACUUCUGCUCCGCUGCUCAACAACCUGGAUGAUGACGACGACGACGAUGACAUCAGCACCGACGGGGAAACGUACUUCAGCUCCUCCUCAGGGUACAAACGCUCCUCAAGUCAGGACAACAUCUUGUCGACCUUCACUUUAUAAACAAACUCUGACGUCGGGAAUAAAGCUGCUUUACUCACAUCACUGUUGGACCAAACGGCUGGAGAUCCAUGCCAUGUGCUUCUGUAGAUAUUACACUGAACCGGCUGUGUGGAUAUUAAGAGACUUUGCCGCUAAGUGAGAUAAAUUGAAUUAUUUUUGGUGAAAAUCCUCACCUCAGCAGAGUUCAUUUAAUUCUCGGUGCCGUCUCCAUGUCUGUAAAUUCACUCAGUAUUAUUUGAGCAGCUCUUUGAUUAAUGGGUGAAAUCAUUGAAGUUUUCCUUCUGUCCCGUAGAAAUCACAUGUAUAUACUCUUUAAGUUUGACAUUCCCACAUGAAGUCCUGCAUUCCGACCUCGUUAGUUCUACUAAUGGAUUACACAUGCUUGUCAAUGAUUAUUCUAGCUUUAGCAAACUUGAAAACUGUCUUUAAUGCACUGUAAACCAAUGCAACCAGUACUGCCUUGAAGUUGUUACCACUUACUUUUUUAUGCCUAUCAUAUAUGUUAAAAUCACACAGUAUCUGAAUAUAAAUUUGUAUCAUCCAAAUAAAUAAACUAUAUUUGC